AUGAGAAAAUUUUUAUUAAAAACGGCGGAAGAAAGAAAGCUGACGACGACUAAAAUGCAAAGACACCUGAAGCAGCAAUUAGGAGGACAAGGAGGAAGAAGACGUGAUUGGCAGAAGAGGAAGACGUGGAGACGGCGGAAGGCGAUGUCUCCAGACGAGCCUGAUUUUGAUUCUCUCGUUUUAAACGGAACGAUGUUCGAACGGCGAUGGGAGGGGAUAUAUCAGAGACGUCAAUGGAGGAGGUGA